UGAUUGAAUUCCGCCGGCGCGGGAGCCUCUGCAGAGAGAGAACGCGAGAGAUGGACAUGGACAAACGGAUUCAUUUAGAGCUGCGGAACAGGACGCCCUCUGAUGUGAAAGAGCUUGUCCUGGACAACUGUCGGUCAAAUGAAGGCAAAAUCGAAGGCCUCACAGAUGAAUUUGAAGAACUGGAGUUCUUAAGUACAAUCAACGUAGGCCUCACCUCAGUCGCAGACUUACCAAAGUUAAACAAACUUAAGAAGCUUGAACUAAGCGAUAACAGAAUCUCAGGGGGCCUGGAAGUAUUGGCAGAAAAGUGUCCGAACCUCACACAUCUAAAUUUAAGUGGCAACAAAAUUAAAGACCUCAGCACAAUGGAGCCACUGAAAAAGUUAGAAAACCUCAAGAGCUUAGACCUUUUCAAUUGUGAGGUAACCAACCUGAAUGACUACCGAGAAAACGUGUUCAAGCUCCUCCCGCAACUCACAUAUCUUGAUGGCUACGACCGGGAUGACAAGGAGGCCCCUGACUCGGACGCCGAGGGCUAUGUAGAGGGCCUGGACCUGGACGAGGAGGACGAGGAUGAGGAAGAAUAUGAUGAGGAUGCUCAGAUAGUGGAAGACGAAGAGGACGAGGAAGAGGAGGAGGAAGGUGAAGAAGAGGAUGUGAGCGGAGAGGAAGAGGAGGAUGAAGAAGGUUAUAAUGACGGGGAAGUAGACGAUGAAGAAGAUGAAGAAGAUCUUGGUGAAGAAGAAAGGGGUCAGAAGCGAAAACGAGAACCUGAAGAUGAGGGAGAAGACGAUGACUAAGUGGAAUAACCUAUUUUGAAAAAUUCCUAUUGUGAUUUGACUGUUUUUACCCGUACCCUCUCCAAAUCCCGCCCCCCGAAACUUAUUUUUUUCUGAUUGUAACGUUGCUGUGGGAACGAGAAGGGAAAAGUGUACUGGGGGUUGUGGGGGAGGGAGGGUGGGAGGGGGUGGAAUAAAAUACUAUUUUUACUGCCAC